UAACCCUAAAUCUCACUCUCAACUCUCAAGACUCGAGAGAAACAAGAGUAGCGGGGGAGGCGCAGCCAGAAAGAGAAACAAGCCAUGGCCGAUAACAAGGCGGUUACGAUCCGAACCAGGAAGUUCAUGACAAAUCGUCUUCUCUCCAGGAAGCAAUUCGUCAUCGAUGUUUUGCAUCCAGGAAGACCAAACGUCUCCAAGGCGGAGUUGAAGGAGAAACUGGCAAGGAUGUACGAAGUGAAGGAUACAAAUGCCAUCUUUGUUUUCAAGUUCCGCACCCAUUUUGGAGGGGGUAAAUCCACUGGUUUUGGUCUGAUUUAUGAUUCUGUAGAGAAUGCCAAGAAGUUUGAGCCAAAGUACAGGCUCAUCAGGAAUGGACUGGACAAAAAGGUGGAUAAGUCAAGGAAGCAACUCAAGGAAAGGAAGAACAGAGCUAAGAAGAUCCGUGGAGUAAAGAAGACCAAGGCUGGUGAUGCUGCCAAGAAGAAAUGAGCUUCAACACAUUUUGAGGCUGCAUGUCGUUCUUCUCAUUUUCUUUUGUUAGUGAACAUUCGAAUAUUUAUUUUACUUUGGAGUUGAGGCUAAUAGACAAUGAGUUCUGUAGCUUGUAAGAUUUGAAUUUAUUUUGAAUUACUCUAUUUUGUUCUCAUUCUGGUAAUUAAAAAUAGUCAAUAUUAUCUACAUUUUGUCA